AUGACCGAUUCAAGCAAUAUAUCUCUAUUAAAAACGGACGAAUCAUCUUCGUCAACAAUUUCGAAUGCUGAACAAGAAGAAUCCCCGUCCAUUGAAUCGACAAGCAAUCGUCGAUCUACAAGAAGACGCAUGAGUGUUGCACCUAAUCGAAGUACAUCAUUAACACAAACAAUUUUUAGUUCAAAUACAUGUGAUGAUAUUCAUCCAGCAGAAAAAGAAAAUCAACAGCAAUCUUCACUAAGAACAAAUCAACAUCGUAAAUCUAUCUCAAAAUCAGGUUCAUCAACACCACAACAAAAUAGCGCAAAAAAUAAUAAUGUUGAAACUGGUAAACUAGUAUUUACAUCGUCAAACGAUAUGACAACGGAUCAUAAACAAUAUUGGACAGUAAUUGAUCGUCAACCAGAGUGGUAUAAAUUAACGUUGCAACAACCAUCAUCAUCCACAAACUCUACGUUAAGUAAUUAUCGAACAAUCAAUAACAAUGCCAUUCAACGAAAAAAAUCGAGUCAAAAUAUGUCAACAAAUGAUGGAAAUGAACUAAAUCAACCAGCUGAUACAACCCAAUUAAUUACAAAAGCAUUAAUGAAUGAUCUUGAUUAUGAUCUUGAUGAUGAUGAUAUCAAAAUAUUAAAUGAAAUAAAUCAAUAUACAAAACAAAAUCGUGUCGAAGAAGAAUUUGAAAAUGCAAUUAUUGUAUUGGAAUUUUAUACAGCUGAAAAGAUUCGUCAGGCAUUGAAACAACGAUCGUGUGAAGGAGAUGAUAUUGUUUGUGAUAUAUGUUUGUUACCCGAUGGUGAUGAACAUAAUGAAAUGGUAUUUUGUGAACGAUGUAAUUCGUGCGUACAUCAGACAUGUUAUGGUAUUAAUUCUAUUCCGAGCGGUACAUGGCUUUGUCGAGCGUGUUCAAUACUAAGAAGACCGGCAUGUCUUUUAUGUCCUCGAACAGUUGGGCCGAUGAAAUCGAAUCCCAGUGGUACCUUAUGGUGUCAUAUGACGUGUGCUUUGUGGAUGCCAGAAUUAAAAUUUGCAGAAUACAUUAAAAUGGUAAGAUUUUGA